AUGCCUACCCGAAGCAUCAAUCCUUUCGCGAGCGCUUCCCCUAAUCCCUCCUUCGACUCUCUCAACGAGAAACGCGAACCAGUGCGACGGUCCUCCUUUGCCAAAGCCAACAAGUUCACUUCGCUCUUCGGCGGCUCCCCCAAGGCCCGCAACGACGCUGCUAUCCUGCGAGAAGCCUUGAUCGCCCAGCAGCAGGCCCUUCUGAAUUCGCCCUCCCCGCCACAACAUCCAAAUUCUUCGUCGCUCUCCCUACCCACCAUUAAUCUGACCACCGCGACCGGCGAAAAGAUGCCCACCGAACCCAAGACGCUCUUCCAGCCCCCUUCACCCGAGGAGCAGCGGCGAAUCGCCAGAGCACACGCACAAUUCGGCCCCCUCGGAUCACAAAAGCACAGAUACCAGAGCAUCUUCGAGGGCGAGUUUGGAGACCCAAUUGAAGACGAGCCGCCAUAUUAUUUCCUGUUUACCACAUACAUCAGCUACCUCGUCCUCAUAGUGUUUGGACAUGUGCGCGAUUUCUUCGGCAAGCGCUUCAGAAAGCAGCACUACAGCCAUCUGCAGGAGAAGGACGGAUAUGCACCCUUGAACAGUGAUUUUGACAACUUUUACACGCGACGGUUGAAGAUGAGGAUUAACGACUGCUUUUCACGCCCUACGACUGGUGUUCCAGGGCGCUUCAUCACGGUGCUCGACCGCAAGUCGGACGAUGGGAAUAAUACGUUCAAGAUGCUGGGAACCACGACCGAGACGCUGAACAUGAGCUCCUACAACUACCUUGGAUUUGCUCAGUCUGAAGGUCCUUGCGCAGAGGCUGCCGAAGCCGCCAUCCGGAAAUACGGCAUUUCCAUGGCUAGUCCCCGCUCAGACAGCGGCACAUCAGAGCUCACCCUCGAGGUCGAGGAUUUGAUUGCCGACUUUGUCGGCAAACCAGCCUCCAUGGUCUUCUCCAUGGGUUUCGUCACGAACGCUACCACUUUCCCUACCAUUGUCGGAAAGGGCUGCCUGAUGAUUUCCGAUGAGCUCAACCACUCCUCCAUCCGAUUCGGCGCCCGUCUCUCAGGAGCCAUGGUCACCAUGUUCAAGCACAACGACAUGCGCGACUUGGAACGCAAACUCCGCGAAGCCAUCUCGCAAGGACAGCCCCGCACACACCGCCCCUGGAAGAAGAUCCUCGUCGCUGUCGAGGGUCUCUACUCCAUGGAAGGCACCAUGUGCAAUCUCCCCGGUAUCAUCACACUCAAGAAGAAGUACAAGUUCCAUCUCUUUGUCGACGAGGCGCACUCUGUUGGUGGCAUCGGGCCCCGUGGACGUGGUGUUUGCGACUACUUUGGCAUCGACCCUGCAGAAGUCGACAUACUCAUGGGCACACUUACCAAAUCCUUCGGCGCCAACGGUGGUUACAUCGCGGCUGAAAAGUCCAUUAUUGACAAGCUCCGCACAUCAAACGCGGCUAUGCUCUUCGCCGAGUCACCGUCACCUCCCGUCCUCGUUCAAAUUGCGUCUGCACUCCGCCUUAUCAACGGCGAACUUGUGCCAGGCCAGGGCGAAGAAAGACUACAGCGCCUCGCCUUCAACUCCAGGUACCUACGAUUGGGCCUAAAGCGACUAGGCCUCAUUGUCUACGGCCAUGACGACUCCCCCAUCAUCCCGGUCAUGCUCUACAACCCCGCCAAAAUGCCCGCCUUCUCCCACGAAAUGCUCAAGCGCAAAAUCAGUGUCGUCGUUGUGGGAUACCCUGCAACGCCCCUUGUAUCGUCACGUGCUCGUUUCUGCGUUAGCGCUGCGCAUACCAAGGACGACUUGGACCGCAUGCUGACGGCGUGCGACCAGGUGGGCGAGUUGCUGCAACUGAAGUUUUCGAGCGGUGUUGCAGGAGGCAGCGAGGAGGACGAGGUAGUAGUCAAAGGAAAAGGGGGCGAGCACAUUUUGAACCCACCUAGGUGGAAGAUUGAGGAUGUGCUCAAGAAGGGGGUUGAGGAUGUGCAGUUACCGCUGCGGUAA